GAGCCCUCUGCCGGAAGCGGCUCGUGCCCCGGAAGCCGUUGUUCAGCUAGCUCUUGAGGCCGGCCGGGGACAGAGUCCCGGGACCGACGCCAUGCUGCUUUCGGCCGUCUCUUUUGCCAAGAGCAAGUCAAAGACCAUUCUGGUGAGGCUGGUGAGCCAAGCUGGGACAGGUUUCUCCUUCAACCACAAGAGAAGCCGACUCCGAGAAAAGCUGACUCUUCUGCAUUAUGAUCCGAUCGUGAACAAAAAAGUUCUCUUCGUGGAACAGAAAAAAAUACGCUCCCUCUAAGCAAUGGAUUGAGAGUGAGUUUGAUUCAUAAACGGGAAGACGGAGGUGAGGCCCUGGCUCAGAGACCUGCAGUGUGUACUGACGAAGAGGAACCGCCAGCAUGGCCGCUGGUGAGGUGAAGGCCGCUGUGAAGGAACAGUGCCGUGAAAGAGUUCUUCACAGAGACCAGAUAGUUCUCUCUCUGUAGUUUUUAUAGGCGGUAAUAAAAAAAUGUCGAAACAGCC